CUGCCAACAGAGGGUCGCUUGCAACAGGCCACUUUGGACCUCUUGGCCGGUUGCGACAUCCAAUUCCGUCGCGAAACCCGUCUCGACAUCGCCCUCGUCAAGAACCUUCCCAUCGCCCUGAUCUUCCUCCCCGCCGCCGACAUCCCGACCUUUGUCGGCGAGGGUCGCGUUGACCUGGGUAUCACCGGUCGCGACCAGAUCGCCGAGCACGACGCGCAAUUGGCACUCGGUGAGACGUCCCAGGUGGAGGAGAUUCUGGACCUCGGAUUCGGAGGAUGCAAGCUGCAGGUGCAGGUUCCCGAGAAGGGCGACGUCUCGGAGGCUAAGCAAUUGGUUGGGCGGAACGUUGUGACCAGCUUCACGGCUCUGACGGAGGCCUUCUUCGCCGGCCUGGAGAGUGAGGGCGAUGCCAGCAAGCUGGCGCGUGCUGACGGUGGCUUCGACAUCCGCACCAAGGUGAAGUACGUCGGCGGUAGUGUCGAAGCUGCUUGCGCCUUGGGUGUGGCCGAUGGAAUUGUGGAUCUUGUUGAAUCCGGUGAGACCAUGAAGGCCGCCGGUCUCAAGGCCAUCGAUACCGUGGUCGAGAGUACCUCUGUCUUGGUGAAGGCCAAGAACACGCAGAACCCUCUCGUGGACCUGAUCACUUCUCGUAUCCGUGGUGUCAUCACCGCCCAAAAGUACGUCCUGUGCCAGUACAACAUCCCUCGAUCCGAGCUUGCCACCGCUUCCGCCAUCACCCCCGGAAAGCGCGCUCCUACCGUGACCGCCCUCGAGGAGGAGAACUGGGUGGCCGUCAGUUCGAUGGUCGAGAAGAAGAAGAUCGCCACCGUCAUGGACGAGCUGACCAAGGUCGGCGCUUCCGACAUUCUGGUCUUGAACAUCGCCAACUCCAGAACCGGUUAA